AUGGCAAGCAGUCGCGUGCAUAUUCUCGGGCUGGGGAGUAUCGGAUCAUUCAUUGCUCAAUCUCUCCGCUCUCUUGCCGCCCCACCGCCCGUGACACUUCUCGUCCACAGAGAAAGCCUCUUCAAGGAACUUUCAGCCAAUGACUGGAAACUCGGCCUCCGCGUUGGAGAGGCUGGAGAGUUGAGGCAAAGCUCGGGAUUCGAUGCAGAGCUACUGGGAAAGACAACCUCAAGUACCAGCCCAAUACGUGACUUGAUUGUCGCCGUCAAAGCAUCGGCAACGGUGACCGCCCUUGAGCCAUUUAAAGAUCGAAUUGGACGCGAUACUACCAUCUGUCUUUUUCAAAAUGGCCUUGGUCAAAUUGACGAUCUUAAUGAACGCCUUUUCCCCGAUCCCUCAACGCGGCCGACAUACAUGUGUGGCGUCAUCCGUCAUGGCGUGUACCUGAAAUCAGCCAGCGAGGCUAUAUUGUCAGGCCCUAAUGGGUGCGUUGACAUCGGGUUUGUAGAAGGAGACAGCGCACGUCAUCGUCGGUUCCUCCUCGACACCCUCAUCCGGUCGCCAAUCCUUCGCUGCACUGAAUUGAAACAAGCCGACCUUAUAAGGGUUCAGCUACUCAAAUUAGCGACAAACUGCGUGCUGAACCCAUUAACAGCGCUUCUGGAUUUCCGCAACGGCGGACUCUUGGAUAACGCUGCGCUCCAGCCACUACAGCGUCAGCUAUUAGAGGAAAUUUCGGCGGUCUUUGAGAAUCUUCCGGAAAUCAAAAGCUUGGCCUAUGACCGUUCGCAGUUCUCGGUCACAUCGUUGGAGACUACUCUUCGUGACACUGUGGAAAAGACGGCGCAUAACUCGAGCAGUAUGCGCGAAGAUGUGAGGAAAGGGAGGAGGACGGAAAUUGACAACAUCAACGGCUGGAUCAUCAAGCGAGGCAAGGAACUGGGGAUUGAUUGCCCAGUCAAUACUUGUUUGACUCAACUCAUACUGGCAAAGAAUCGAUAA